AUGAAGGUAUUACACAACACCCCGCCCCCCUCGCCCGCCCCCCCUCGCCCGCCCGCCGCUCUGCAUGGCCUGCCAGAGGCGCUGCACUUUAACUCCACAACUGUGUUUCUAACUCUUCUCUUCUUCUGUGGUUUUUUAGGGGAACGCUUCAGCCUGGUGGCCAACUUCCUGAAGAGGCACUUCAACCUCCGCUGCAUCGUCAAGCAGCGCUAUGGGGAUCUGCGUGUCUUUCCUGAACGCUAUGUUGUGUGUGCGAGCUGUCCGGAGGAUGCCUCAGCGCUCAGUGGAAACCCGAGCCCGGCCGCGAGCGAGCAGAAGGAACAAAGCAGAUCGGAGUAUUUUUCCAGAGUGGGAGAAACCCAAGAGCCGUUAAACAGCUCCACAAAAACAAAGAAGACUGCGCUUCAAAAGAUAGCCAAACAAGCCAGUGUCCAACGAGAGCGCUGUGGCUCCAGCACGGGGGAGCGGCUGAUGGACCAGAGAGCCUGGCCCAGAAACCAAAGAGGGGAACAUAGAGAGUCAGAAUUAAGCCCCAAAGAGACUGAGUCCAGCUCUGAAGAGAAGGCGGCAGACCACCAGGAGCCGGUCCCCAGAGCCUUAAAUGAAGCUGGAGCUCAGAGUGUGAAGCGGGGCCAGACCCGGGAGCAGCAGACUGAGAGUAGUCCUCCAGACAGACCCGACCCACGUGGGGCCUCCCUAGCUUCCUGCCAACAUGCAAUCAGUCAGGAGACGAGCAGGAGCAAGAGGAGCAAGCCGAGUGAUCCAGGGGAAGAAGACCCUCACCCGCAGAAGGCCAAGAUGACGUGCCCUGGAAGACCUCCAGCCGCGACGCAGACCCCCUACAACAAGGGCUCCACACAAACACCCAAGCAUGACCCUCCUCCUCUGCAGCCCCUUCCUCCAGCCGACGCAGAGUCCAAGGCUCUCCCAGUCUCAGAGCACAGCAAAACCACAGUGGAAGUGGAGCUGCUUACUCCAGGGAAACGGGCCCAGAGCCCCCCCCUCACAAGCAAUAACACGGCACAGACAAACCAAAACAGGCUGCCCGCAAGUCUGAGGGGCCUAUCUGUCAAGCCUGCAUCCUCAGGCUCCUCUAUUAGUUCCAGAUCCACACUCGCAGAGGAGGGGAGCAAGAAUGUGCCCAGAACCUCCAGAUUACGACGACAGAAGAGGUCCUGAGGGGGGGGGGGGUACAGUAAAGAUGUCUGACGCCACACAGAGAUAGAGAUGAUAUUGUGUCAGGCUGCAUGUUUACUCCAGAUGCAUUUUGUACAUGUGUCACAUUUUACUGCAACAUUUAUUCUUUUCACAUGUGCUGUACACGCAGAGCGCUCGCAAACACACACACACACACACACACACACACACACACACACACACACCAAACCCUGACAAACAUCAUGGCCCAUGAUACUAGAGCGUGCUCUGUCUAACACUCCACCCAUAAGUAGUGGUGGUCAAGAGAGGCUCGCAAAUGAAAGUCAAAAACCUUUAAUUGGAGUUUAGAUUUGGUUCUGUGUGUGAGAUUGUGGAUUUCAGACAGGCAGGAGCCGAGCAGUACGUCAUGGCUCUGAGUCUGAAGCUCUGGCUCCUAAGUGUCUGAAAACUGUCCGGUCUCCCCGCUGAAGCUCGGCGCUGAUUGAUUGCUCUUUCCAGAAAUAUUUCAGCACCCCGUCUCUCCAAAAUGUACUUUUCGUUGUUGCAUUUCAUCCAUACACAAUUAGCUCAACGCUUAGUUGCUAAGCACCUGAAAUGAAUCUCGAAAUCUGAGGCUUUUUUUUUUUUUAUUGAAUUUGAACCCGCAGCGUUGUGGUUGUUUAUGGAAACAGCAGGACGUCUACAGUAUCGCAGGUUAAAAUGGAGCUGCUGUCGUCGCCCUUACAGUCACUCAUCAUAACCCGGUUUAAACCCCAACAUGACCGACUUCAUGACAUCAUGCUGCCUGCAAACAUCACUGUGUUUUACUCUCCUGGAAAGUCGUUUUAAAUUGUAAAUACAUUUUGUUUUUCCAGUGAA